CCCCGCGCCGGGACGCCCGGCAGUCCGGAGCGGUGGGCCCGAGGCCUGAGGCUGCAGGUUCCUCGGCGGACCCUGGAGGCCGGGAAAGGACACGGAGGCUCAGAAAGGCAUAGUGACUUUCCUGAGACAGUAAAUGGCAGACCUGGGAUGGGAACCUCCGCCACCGUGGGCGGCUGCAAGUACCGGGCGCAGGGAGAGAGCUUGGUCUGUAGCCUGGCUUCUCCAUGACCACAGGAGAGCGUCCAGAAGCCAGGCGCCAUGGCGGUGGGAAACAUCAACGACCUGCCGGAGAACAUCCUGCUGGAACUGUUCACACAUGUGCCUGCCCGCCAACUGCUGCUGCGCUGCCGUCUGGUCUGCAGCCUCUGGCGCGACCUCAUCGACCUCGUGACCCUCUGGAAGCGCAAAUGCCUGCGGGAGGGCUUCAUCACCGAGGACUGGGACCAGCCUGUGGCCGACUGGAAGAUCUUCUACUUCCUACGAAGCCUCCACAGGAACCUCCUGCACAACCCAUGUGCUGAAGAGGGCUUUGAGUUCUGGAGCCUGGAUGUAAAUGGAGGCGAUGAGUGGAAGGUGGAAGAUCUCUCUGGAGACCAGAGGAAGGAAUUCCCCAAUGACCAGGUCAAGAAGUACUUCGUGACUUCUUAUUACACCUGCCUCAAGUCCCAGGUGGUGGACCUCAAGGCCGAAGGGUAUUGGGAGGAGCUGAUGGACACCACACGGCCGGACAUCAAGGUCAAGGACUGGUUCGCAGCAAGGCCAGACUGCGGGUCCAAGUACCAGCUGUGCGUUCAGCUCCUGUCGUCAGCACAUGCGCCUCUGGGGACCUUCCAGCCAGACCCAGCAAUGAUCCAGCAGAAGAGUGAUGCCAAGUGGAGGGAGGUCUCCCACACGUUCUCCAACUACCCACCCGGCGUCCGCUACAUCUGGUUUCAGCACGGUGGCGUGGACACUCACUACUGGGCCGGCUGGUACGGCCCGAGGGUCACCAACAGCAGCAUCACCAUUGGGCCCCCUGCUGACCUGACACCUCCGAGCUCCCAUCCACAGAACCCUGACUGGUAAACUGUUGUCAGAGAAAAGCCGGGCUUCCCCGGAGCUCCUAGCUCAUCCCUGCCCCCCAGUCACCUCUGCUUUGUGGAGCCUUUCCAUUUGCCCAGGCUUCAUGUGCUGUGGACAGCCAGCUCUCCACCGAGGGCUCCCCCUGGAGGUGAUGGGGCAGGCCUUUAAGAGGCGGGGCCCCUGAGGUUAGGGAGGUACAGGAUGUUUCCCAGGUUCCUUGCCAGACUCCUCUGACGGUGGGUCUCCAAGCUCAGAUGGCAGCCUAGGUCUGGGUUUCUUCCUUCCCCUCCCAGACCUUUCUCUUUCUCCCUGUCUUUUUUGGGGGCCCUUGCAGCAGUGGCAGAGUGGAGGACAUCUGGCAAGCCUGUGGCUGCCCUUGAUAAUGCAGACGCUGGCAGGGGACUGUGUAGCUCAGACGGAUCAGGGAAUAGAGGAUGGCUCUGCUGGCCUGUCCUUUGUCCCUUUCUCUGCUGUUCCCAAGCUCUUCGCUCUGCCUGCCAGCUCAGAGUGGUGGCUGAGGCCCAGGGGCUCGGGCCUGGUCUGAGAUGGGCAGGUGCAGGGUGGGAGGCAUCCACGCCAGGUGUGGACUGUCCUCGCUGUCAAUGACGCCCCAGGAGCCAAAUGGGGCGGGGCUCUCCAGAAUCCUGUGCAUGCAGGGCAGAUGGGUGCAGGAUUGGGCUCUGAUUCUGAGAGUGAGGAUAUGUGAGCAUAGGAUGAGUCGGGGGAGGGUUUUCAAGGACCGCCUGUCCACCUCCGUGCCCAGCCCAGGCCUUCCCGCCACCCUUGGAACUGCCACCCAAAGGACCUCCCCACCCUGCCCUGUGCCUCUCCCCCCUGCUGGAAGGACAUCAGUCUGCUGGUCCUGCCCCUGCUGCAU